GGUAGGCGUGGUUUACCAGGAUGAAUAUGUGUGCUGUAUCCUCCGUUACGUUGCAGCAGAGUUACAGUCCGACACGAGACAGGAGCAGAGUAGCUGACCACCUCGCACAAAUGUGAAGCCCGGGUGAUGGAAGCGACGGAGACCUUUUCAUACAUAGCCACCAACAUCGCCCUCGCGUCGUGGAUGUACAUCUACGUAGGACCCACAGAUAUCUCCAACUAUGGAUUGCCUAAUUGAAGUUGGGCCACCUGAUCCUGUUUGCGCCAGGACAACCGACCAAAAUUAGAGUAAGAGAAGUCGUUAUGGACAGUUAUGUGCAAAUCGUGUAUUUCCUGCUCAGAGAACUGGCGUGAAAAGCAGAAAUUCAAUCUGAGCAUACCACAUCUAUUUGCGCGUAAAGGACGUGGCUCCAUCCAACGCUGCUCUGAAAUACUCUGCGCUAUGUUUUAGGGACAAUGGGGGGAAACUGUAGUUAGAAUAGAGAGUGUGUUUGUGUGACUGGUUUGUUGCUGUUUUCUUCUGACAGUUGCGCGACAGCUUUCCGUGCGCGCAUACCAAUUGGUGCGCUGCGGUUGAGCCACUCCGUUACCGCAGGCGAUCCACCGCAGCAGGACCUGCGAUCUUUUGACAGGCAACAGGCCUCACCAACCACUGUGAAAAGGUUUUACUGAGGAAAAAAAAACAACCUUUUUUCAAGUCCUGUUAUUUGAACUUACACUACAACCCAGAGAGUUUUUAAAUCUGCAUCCAAGUGCACCUGUGAGGUAGGAGUAAGCCAUGGCUUUACCGGAUAGUGGCAUAUCUGGGGAGGAGGUACCCUUCCCAGAGAUUAUAGAGCUAAAUGUUGGUGGGCAGGUGUACAUAACCCGCUAUUCUACCCUCACAAGUGUGCCAGACUCUCUCUUAGGGGAGAUGUUCACUCGAAAGUCAGCCAAAGGAUUGGCCAGGGACACCAAGGGUCGCUUCUUUGUGGACCGUGAUGGUUUCCUGUUCCGUUACAUCCUGGACUACAUGCGGGACCAGCAGCUGGUCCUUCCAGACCACUUCCCUGAGCGUGGGCGUCUGCAGAGGGAGGCUGAGUUCUUCAACCUGCCUGAACUUGUCAAGCUACUGGCGCCCAAAAUCAGCAAGCAGAACUCCCUUGGCGACGAGGGAUGUCAAAGUGACCCAGAGGACUCCUCACCUGGGAUUGACACAGCCCGUAACCUCAGCUCCCUGGGUGCUGCAGCCGCUGCCUGUGCCAGUCUUGUGCCCAGCGCCAUGGACAGCAAACGGUCCGGGUUCAUCACUAUUGGCUACCGAGGUUCUUACACUCUGGGCCGUGACAGCCACACCGACGCCAAAUUCCGCCGGGUGGCAAGGAUCAUGGUGUGUGGGAAGACCUCGCUGGCCAAAGAGGUGUUUGGGGAGACACUGAACGAGAGCCGUGACCCUGACCGCCCCCCUGAGCGCUACACAUCCCGCUACUAUCUCAAGUUCACCUUUCUGGAGCAGGCUUUUGACAAGUUGGCUGAUGCAGGAUUCCACAUGGUGGCCUGCAAUUCCACAGGAACCUGCGCCUUUGCCCAUGAGCAGACGGACGACAAGAUCUGGACCAGCUACACUGAAUAUGUGUUCUACCGUGAGUGAGACUAACGGCUUUGUUCCCCCCCGGUCCUGCACCCUGUCUCCAAGUGCCCCCCUCCCAAUCUCCUCCAGCCAUCCUGUCCUUUUCUCUGAUGGCUCCUUCACCAGUAGAUGUACCGUAGAUGUUGUGCUCUUCCAUCUCUCUCUGCGGCCUCCAGCUUUUUUCCCAUGAACAGUACCCAGCAGCUGCUUUGACUCUUCAUACUUUCUCUGCAGGUUGAAUCUGCAGAACCCCCAUCCCCCCCUUCAACCCCAAGAUCCAUUCCCCCUACAUCCUCAGGUCCAGUUUUUGCCCUUGCAUAGUUGUAGUCCACAGUCCUCAACUACAGCAACCCAACAGCCUUUCCUGCAGAGACUGAUACCUUCUAUGUACUAUUUCCCCCUUUUUGUACUCUAUAUAUUGCAUCUGCCUUGGUGAAGCACAAUACUGUAUCCAAGAGCUAAUUUUAUUAAAUAAGCGCCCAGUGUGUCUAUAUGACUAUUGAACCAGUCAUAAGGGCAUAAAGGGAAAGGGCUUUAAAGAGUGGCCGUGAUGUACAGUGCUAUACUUUGCCUGCAGAUCGGACUCUCUCCUGCUCCUCUGAACUAAAUUACCAAAUAAUUGGACAUCUUAUCAGCCUUGAGGGACGUGAGCAGCCCAAGCACAAGAAACAAGUGUAACACAAAAAUCUAAUUUCCUUCAGUUUUUAUCAAAUGUGUCCAGUACCAUGUGGUUGGAAAUGUGCCAUAUAGUAGUUUAUCUGUUCAAGCUGUUGUUAUGAAUGAAUGAAGGUUAUGAUAAUACAGCCACAUGCACAGAGGAAGUCGGAGGUGUGUGGAGUUUUCCUUUUCAACAAGGUGCUGUUUGUGUGGCAAAUGAACAAGCAACAGGCUUAGAUUAAAAAAAAAAAAGAAAAAAAAAAGAUGAAAGCUCAAAUAUCAAAAGAUCUCCUAGACGCAAAGGAGAAAAGGUUUGCCAGAUGAAGUGUGUGUAUUGAUUGUGCAAGGGAGCUUUCAGUAUUUUAAUCACCCACAGUGGGAGGGCAGAGGAGACGCAAGGUAUUACAUCACUCGCACCCCACUGCUCUUAUUGUUUUGCUCAUUGUGCUUCUUUGACAUUUCUCAUUGCUCUGUUACAUAUUUAAGAGCACUUUUACAGUGAAACAUUACUUGGGACAGGCUUAUACCACGACCCAAAAAAAAAAAAAAAGAACAAAAAAAAGUGGUAGUCACCUUAGCGGAUCACGGUCUGAGUGUUCUGUAAACAAUAACGUUAUUCUUAAUACUCAGUUCAGUAUUAGUUGAAACUGUUGCAUAUUUGAUGAUAUCGCCCACUUAUUGUAAGUGAAUACCCAUAAAAAAAAAUGGUGGGUAGGAUUACGCUAUAGCCAUCCAGAGCCCAAUGUUUUCUCAGCACAGUAGCAAGGGCAAAGAGAGGGCAGAUUAUAGUGAGUGGGUAUAACUUAAGUUAUUAUUAAGAAGCCAGUUAAGAAAGAUUUUCAGAUACAGCCUCAGGACAGGUCUGCACAUCAUAUACCUCAGACUAAAUAACAAACUGAAGGCCCUUAAAUACAGCAACAAAAGAUCCAGCUGAUGACAUGAAAAACGCAGACACAGGUUGGGGAAUAUCCCAAAAUGCAGAUGCUGUAGUAAGUUUGAUGAAUAAGACGUUGAAUAUAAAGUGGAUUUUCAGUCGAGAAACAGCCAUCGAAGCAGUAUAGUGCAGGAUUUUCUCCUGAGCUGGAAGGUGUCAAAUUGUAGUUUUGGCAGAACGUCUGACAGUGACAAUAAAUGUAUUCUGAAAUGUCUAGAAACCGCAAUGUUGUGUUUCAGUGUGAUGAAGUGCUGUUGACAUCUGAGUCAAUAUGUUAGACCUGCUGCAGUGUGACGCUGCAGGCGUAGACGACACUGAAAUUAAAAGUGUUCCUCAAAAGCAAAUUGAUUUGUCAAAUAAAAAGAUGUUUUCUUUCUA